GCCUCUUUUUGAUAACAAAUGUUUAAAAAAUGUACUUUUGAGAUUCUAUCUUGAGGGAGAUAUUUCAAAAGUAGCAUCAUGUGGAAAAAGUGUUUUAUUAAUGUUAUCUGAUGUAAAAGGUAUUUUCUGAGAUCAGAGGCAAAUCAUAGGCAUGGAGAACUGAGCAUCAUCAUUCUUUUUUUAAAUACUGUAUAUGUUGGUUUUAUAGGAAUUUGGCAUUCUAAAUCCAAAAAUGGCCUCAGCUUUGCUCCAUCAUGUACAGUUUUUCCACAAAUUGCUUUGAGAUUUUAAUGUUGUAAUAUGCGAUUGAAUGAAGUAAUCUUGCAAAGACUCACCCUGCAAAGAGUAAAAAAAGAGGUUCAAGUUCUUUCCUGCUUAAGAUCCUGGUGUUUGUGCUAUAGCAAUGGCAUGAAGGAAUGGACCUGAGAUACUGUGCAAUCUGUGGAAAGUGAUGUGUUUUGUAAAGGGUUUUGUUACUCAUCUCAUCCAGAGGAUUUAUGGGGGCAGAUUAAGAACUAGCAAUGUGACAAAGGAAUCCUUUUCACAAACCUUACUGGGCAUAGCCUGCUUUUUGACACUAUUUUUAAAGCAGCUUUCAACAAGCUAUAAUUCUAUUAGUCAAGUGAAUAGAAAUUAUAUAAUUACAGUCAGCCCUCCGUUUUCGCAGGGGAUCUGUUCUGGACCCCCCCCCCCCCCCCCAAAACAAAAAACAUACUCGCAGAUAUUCAAGUCCCAUAGGCUUGAAUGGGGGUGAGUGCCUGUGAGUGGUUGUGAGUGUGCACCCCAUUUUAAUCCCCUCCAUUUACUCCUCAUGAGUAAGUGAGGGUCAUGGAUCUGAAGUCUACAUAAAUGGAGGGACAAAUGUAUUAAGAAUUAUUAGAAAAGCCAGAGACACCCUAAAAAGGAAUUAAAGUUUAUUGUGGCCCCAGAGCCCUCUAACAGAGAAGGCUAAAUGUCUCCCAAAAACAACAGUUCCCAGAAUUCCCUAGCAUUGAGCCAGGGCAGUUAAAGCAGUCCCAAACUGGAUUCUUUCUGCAGUGUCCACCAACCCUGACUUUCUUGCUUUGUUUUGUUCCAAUGAAGCCCAUCCCUUCGCUUUCUCUCUGGCUCCCUCUACUGGCAACCGGCGUACAUGCCGGUGCAGGUGCAGAAUUCGAGAAAGAAAGGAACCUCAUUCUUUCCCGAGGAAAUCGAAACUGAAACUUUUGGAUCGCUAGAAAAGGGCGGAGGAUUGGACUGGAGAGAGGAUCCCUCUUUUUCCCUACGAGUCUGGAGAGGUUUGGAAAGAUCAUAGGAAAACUGGAAAGGGUCAGAGCGGAUCCCCAUUGAGAGCCAAAGGAAAAAGAAAAGGUCUUGAAGGCCAGCAUCUAAGAGUUUUGUGGUGAACUCUCUGCUAAAUUGUACAAAUAAAGAGACAAGCUCACAACCCAAAGGAGCCCAAAGAAUCACAAUAAAAUACAAUAAAAAUGGCAGAGCAGAAGAAUGCGGCCAGAAAAUCCAAUUGGGAAGCCAAGGGCAACCUUAAAUCAGAGCCUUCAGCGCCACUCAUAAAAUACCAGCACCUGUCUGAUUAUGACAAAAUAUAUAAUGGAAUGGAACUCCCAAGUGAUGGUUCUAUGACAUCACAGCUAACAAGACCAAUGAAGAUCAACUUCUUCCCAACAUCCAUGGAUGCAAUGCACCCAAGCAUAGAGAGAUCACCUUGAGUCCCAAGAUCCAAUCCAAGGAGGAAUCUUGAGGGGAAAGGGGUGCAAUGUCUUGGAGGACCAUUGAUGUCACUCACUGCAGGAGAAGACAUGUUUGGUGCUGCAGCCAUACAACUUAGUCUUUCUUCGUAUGGGUGCCUGCAUCCCCAAAGAGCUACCUCCAGCACCCCUGAAUGUAGACAGCUUAUUGUCAGCACAGAACAGCUUGGAGACUGACAACCGGGAAACUGAUGAGAUGUUGAGUGCUUGCUUAGACCAUGCCCUCCGAGAUUUCCCUCGUGAACCACACCGUCUUCGUGAAAAUGCCACCUUGACCAUUCAGGUGAAAGGGAGGAAAAGGAUGGAGUUUGUCUCUGGUAGGGGUGAAAACAAGAUUGUGGUCUCUUGGUUCAAGAGAAAAACCCAUUAUAACAUUGAGAUUGUUAAUCUGGAGGUAUACUUGGAUCGAUUGUCUUUCUCUCCACGUCCACUAACUGUUGAGAGUUUGGAGAAGGUGAAACAGGAGCUCAUUAAAUGGUCUGAUGCUACAAAGGAACUCCGUGCUUGCCUGGAUGUUGCUAUAACUGAGAUUGAGAAAGAACCACCAACAGUGAAAAAUGAUGCUGAACUGACCAUUGAGUGCGGAGGUUUCUGUUUAGAUUUUAUUUCUGGGAAGGGAAAGUCCCACAUCUACAUUCUCUUUUCUGAUAAGCAGCCUCGGUACAGGGUCCAUGUUCCUUCAGUGGAUGUUUAUCUAGAUAGAUUGAGCUAUCGAGCAAUACCACUCACUACUGAGAACUUGAUGAAAGUGUGGAAAGAGGCAGAGAACCUUAAAGGAUGCACAGUGGACCUCCGGGCCUGCCUCAAGCGAGCCUUGCAGGAGUUUAAUGCUUUGUCACCACAUCACCGGGCUAAUACCACCAUCUUUAUUGACUGUGAUGGGAAAAACUUUAAGAUGGUUUCCGGUCAUGGAGAGAGCUGGAUCUCUAUCUUCAACAUUCUUGGAGAUCAACACUGUCGCCGAGAAGUUGUGCUGGCUUUGGGAGAGGCAGGAACAUCCAGCAGAGCGACAGGGUCAUCCUCUGGGAAACGUGGGAAAGAAGGAGCACUGUUUAGGGCAAGGAAAUCAGAAGGGAGGAGAGAUGCAGAGGAAGGUACAUCUAAUCAGGCAAGAAGAACUUCCAGCAGGCCAAAUGAGUUGCUUGAUGAGAAAAUAUCUAAGAAAUGGCCAACUAAUGUGAUUAAGUUUGAAGAACUUGCAUCAAAUAGCACAAAAAGGGAAAAAGAAACAACAUCAUUUGGGGCGUGGACAUUUUCCACUCAGGAAAAGGUUGAUACAGGAGUUUCAAAUAGUUUCAGGGUACUAGAAAGAGACUCUUCUCUUAAGUCAAAAGAACAGUCAUCCAGCAAGAAGAGAAAACUGUCUGAUAAUGAUGGAACAGAAAGAGAACUCACUGGGUCCCUUAGUUUAUCCAGUGAAACAGCAAGAGAAGAAGUGUUGAUCCAUGGAAAGAAUGAAGAAACAAGGAAUGAAAUGAGGCCAUCCAAUACAUCGAGUGACACAGAAGAAGAAGAGGAGGGCUUGGAGGAAGGACAAGACCCACCUGAUGUUCUACAGAUGUCUUCAGAUAGUCGACAGGGAGAUGAUGGACCAGAAAGGUGACUCAUCUGGAGGGCCAGAGAAGAGGAUGGAUCUAUUCCAGAGUAAGGCAGAAGCCUGGUUUGGGACUGGGAUCAAGAUAGAUCUCUCCCAGGAACAGGACAUUUUUUUUUCAGAUCAGGAAGCUAUGGGGCUGGUCCACAAAAUGAAUUGUGCCCCAAAAGAAAAAAAAAGAUACCAAAUAAAUGAUCUAUGGACCUGAAGCUUUUCUCUUUUGGAUCCCCUCCCAUGGGCUGUAUGUAGAUCAAGAUGUCCCUGCUACCUGGAAAACAAAAUCUAAAUUGGAUUGUGUAAACUUCUUUCCCAGAAAAGAUUCUGAUGUAUUAGGGAGCAGUUAGGUAGGAUAGUUUCUUUCUGCGUCUACAAGUAAAACUGCUAAAACCUUACAUCUUUAAAAGGAAAGCUGGCAACUCAAAGAGAAUCCUUGAAUGAUUCUGGAGGAGCUGUGCUAUCUGAUGCUACAGCCUGUGAUGUUUUAAAAUGGGAUGUAGCUCAGUGGUACAGCUUCAAAAAGUUAGGUCUCUGGACUACAAGUCUUAGACUCAAAUUGCCCAGGCAGUCUAAACUAGAGUAGGACUAUUAAAUUAAUGGGAUUUACAUAUAUGUUUACUUACUGUUUAAUAAUCAAUCUACUCUAGUUGAGAUUAGUAAUUGGAAAAUAGGCCUUAGAGUAAUCAGCCAACAUGCCUAUGGUGGAGUGUGGGAGCUGGAGCCUGAAAAGUAACUUUUCCAAGCAGUGGCAUCCCGUAGGUUGAUGUCACUUGGUGUGGGACUGCAGCCUCCCCAGACUCUUCAGAAUCCAGGGUGGCUCUUGCCACACUGGAUGCUGAAGACCCCUCGUCCUCCCAGCCCUUCAGGAUCUGAUAUGCUUUUGUUGCACCAGACCCUGCAGCCUCUCUCUCCUUACUCCAGGCCUCCAGGAUCUGGCAUGGGUUCUGCCGCAUCAGACCUUGAAGGCACCCACCUCCCCCCACAUUACUGAGGCAGAGGGGUGCAGCUUCAGCCUCCAGAGGGCCAAUUUAGGGUCCUGUGUGGCUGCUGGGCAAGUGGGAAGCUUGCCCAGUAUCCAUGCCAGUUCCUUUGGUUGUACUACCCCAACGGGUGACAUCCUCCUCCGGGGUGUCAUCCGGUGUGACUAGCACCCACCUAGUGAUGCCACUGUUUCCAAGAUCUACAGCCUAAUAUCUUCACAAUUUUUCUUUAUUGAAAACAUCAUAUUAAAACAUACCUUUUGUUAAUACAUCUGGGUGACUCAAUGUUUAUAGAAAGAGUAUAUGCACUAAUCACUACAAAAUGCACUAAUGACUACACAAUCAUAAGUGAUUUGGUAGCCACAUUCAAAAGCGUAGCCACUUGUUCAAUGAUUGAAGUCUUUAGAGCCUUGGAGCUAAUGGUUGGAAUUUGCAGGAGAGCAGAUUUUGAUUGAACAUCAGAAGGAACAUUUUCAGGGUAAGACUGGUUCAACAGUGGAACU